GGUGGUUGAGUUCAAGAUGGAAGAGAGCAUGAAGAAAGCUGCUGAGGUUCUGAACAAGCACAGUCUUGGUGGGAGACCCCUGAAAGUGAAAGAAGACCCCGACGGGGAGCACGCCAGGAGGGCCAUGCAGAAGGUGAUGGCAGCAGGAGGGAUGGGCAUUGGGCCUGGCCCUGGUGGCCCUGGCAUGAUCAACAUCCCUCCCAGCAUCCUGAACAACCCCAACAUCCCCAACGAGAUCAUCCACGCCCUGCAGGCCGGCCGCCUCGGCAGCACCGUCUUCGUGGCCAACCUGGACUACAAGGUGGGCUGGAAGAAGCUGAAGGAGGUGUUCAGCAUGGCUGGGGUGGUGGUCAGGGCCGACAUCCUGGAGGACAAGGACGGCAAGAGCCGCGGCAUCGGCACCGUCACCUUCGAGCAGGCCAUCGAGGCCGUGCAGGCCAUCUCAAUGUUCAAUGGGCAGCUGCUCUUUGACAGACCCAUGCACGUCAAAAUGGAUGAGCGAGCCUUUCCCAAAGGAGAUUUCUUCCCUCCAGAGCGACCCCAGCAACUCCCUCAUGGUCUUGGUGGUAUUGGCAUGGGAUUAGGACCUGGAGGUCAACCUAUUGAUGCAAAUCAUUUAAACAAAGGCAUGGGAAUGGGCAACAUGGGACCUGGAGGAAUGGGAAUGGAAGGCAUGGGCUUUGGAAUGAAUAAAAUGGGAGGAAUGGAAGGUCCCUUUGGUGGCAUGGAGAACAUCGGCCGCUUCCCAGCCGGGAUGAACAUGGGCAGGAUGAGUGAGAUGGAUCGGGCCAUGGGAGGGGGAUUCGAGAGGGAGUUUGGAAGAAAUGAGAUGGGAAUGUCCCGGAGCUUUGGAGAGACCCUGGAGAGGGGAAUAGGCGGAGGCAACGCCAGCAUCCCCGGCAUGGAGCGGAUGGCGCCGGGCAUGGAGCGCAUGGCGCCGGGCAUGGAGCGCAUCCCGGCCGCCAUGGGGCACGGCAUGGAGCGCGUGGGCGCCGACAUCGACAGGAUGGGGCUGGUGCUGGACCGCAUGGGCUCCGGCGUGGAGAGGAUGGGCGCGGGCAUGGAGCGCAUGGCGCCGCUGGGCAUCGACCACCUGGCGCCCAACCUGGAGCGCAUGGGGCCGGGCAUGGAGCGCAUGGGCUCCGGCAUGGAGCGCAUGGGCUCGGGCAUCGGCUUCGGCAUGGAGCGCAUGGGCGCCGCCAUGGAGCGCGUGGGCGGCGCCAUGGACAGGAUGGGCUCGGGCGUGGAGCGCAUGGGGGCGGGCAUGGAGAGGAUGGGCAUGGGGCUGGAGCGCAUGGUGCCCGCGGGCAUGGGCGCGGGCAUGGGCCAGGUGAUGGAGAGGAUGCCCGCGGGGCUGGAGCGCCUCCCCGGGCCGCCCAUGGACAGGAUCGGCAUCGAGAGGAUGGGAGCGGCGCCCAUGGACAGGAUGGGGCUGGAGCGCAUCGGGGCCGCCAACAUGGAGAGGAUGGGGCCGCCCAUGGGGCAGGGCAUGGGGGCGGGCAUCGAGCGCAUGGGGCUGGCCAUGGGCAGCAACUUCGAGCGGCCCAUCGACAUGGAGCGGGGCAACUUUGCAGGGAAUUUUGCAGGGUCCCUGGGAGGAGCAGGAGGCCCUGCAGCCGGCGUGGCCCGGAAAGCCUGUCAGAUAUUUGUGAGAAAUCUGCCUUUUGAUUUUACAUGGAAAAUGCUGAAAGAUAAAUUCAAUGAAUGUGGCCACGUGCUGUACGCAGACAUCAAGAUGGAGAACGGCAAGUCCAAGGGCUGCGGCGUGGUGCGGUUCGAGUCGCCGGAGGUGGCGGAGCGCGCGUGCCGCAUGAUGAACGGGCUGCAGCUGCGCGGCCGCGAGAUCGACGUGCGGAUCGACCGCAACGCCUGAGCCCGCCCUGCUGCCGCCUGGAUGGAGAGCUGCUCACCCAACCCCGUUUGCUUUCUGGAGUCAAUUUUAAGUCCUUUUUUUAACCGAGGGAGCCCCCAUUUUACUGGUUUUUUGCAUUGGAACUGCCAUGUGCACAAUCUUUUUUUGUAGUUGUGGCAUCUCGUUGACCUGACAGAUGUAAACAGUCUGACUUUGAUAAUAAACGCAAGUUCAAGAUUUCA